GUCAAGGUGCCCGAGAUGGCCGAGUCCAUCACCGAGGGAAGUUUGUCGUCGUUCUCCAAGAGCGUCGGCGACUUCAUUAACCAGGACGAGCUGUUGGCCACCAUUGAGACCGACAAGAUCGACGUGGAGGUCAACGCGCCUGUCUCCGGUACCGUCACCGAGUUGCUGGUGUCCCCAGACGACACGGUCACUGUUGGCCAGGAGAUCGCCAAGAUCGAGCCUGGUGCUGCCCCUGCCGGCGGCGCUGCGCCAAAGAAGGAGGCUGCGAAGGAGGAGGCUGCUCCAAAGAAGGAAGAGGCCCCUGCUCCAAAGAAGGAGGAGGCUGCUGCCCCAGCUCCAAAGAAAGAAUCCGCCCCAGCUCCAAAGAAGGAGACUCCAGCCCCAGCCGCCUCCUCUCCAAAGGACGCUGCCAAGUCCACCGCCGGCAAGGCUCCAGCCAACAUCAACCCAUUCGGCAACUUCGCCAGAAGCGAGGAGAGAAUCAAGAUGAACAGAAUGAGAUUGAGAAUCGCCCAAAGAUUAAAGGAAGCCCAGAACACCGCCGCCUCCUUGACCACCUUCAACGAGAUCGACAUGUCCUCCCUCAUGGAGAUGAGAAAGCUCUACAAGGACGAGUUCAUCAAGAAGACCGGAAUCAAGAUGGGUUUCAUGGGUGCCUUCUCCAGAGCCUCCGCCUUGGCCGCCAAGGACAUCCCAGCCGUCAACGGUGCCAUCGAAAACGGCAACACCAUGGUCUACAGAGACUACAUGGAUCUCUCCAUCGCCGUCGCCACGCCAAAGGGUUUGGUGACCCCUAUUGUCAGAAACGCAGAGUCCUUGACCUUGCUUGAAAUCGAAAACGAGAUCGUCAACUUGGGCCACAAGGCCAGAGACGGUAAGUUGACCUUGGAGGACAUGACCGGCGGUACCUUCACCAUCUCCAACGGUGGUAUCUUCGGUUCCUUGUUCGGUACCCCAAUCAUCAACACCCCACAAACCGCCGUUCUCGGCUUGCACGGUGUUAAGCAAAGAGCCGUCUCCGUUAACGGUAAGGUGGAAAGCAGACCAAUGAUGUACGUCGCCUUGACCUACGACCACAGAAUGUUGGACGGUAGAGAAGCUGUCACCUUCUUGAGAACCGUCAAGGAGUUGAUCGAAGACCCAAGAAAAAUGUUGUUGAUG